AUGGCUAAAAGCAGCGCCGAACAUCAUGAUGACUUUGAUGCUGAUGAAUACUUAGCAAACAAUCGACUACCAGCUGAUAUUGAUGAUCUCCAAAGAGAAAUCGAUCGCUAUCAAGAAGAACGUGAACGAGCUAAUCGAGAACUUCGAGCCGCUCAACAGAUCAUGAAAGAAAUGGAAAAAGAAGAGAGAAGAUCCGUAAAACCUCUCCAAGAAUUGGAAGAACAAAUGCGACAGGCAAAGGAAGAAAUUGCUCCACUUGAUACACAGCUAAAUCAAUUACGUGCAGAACAGGAACGAUUAGAAGAUGAAAAAGAUCAAAAACAGGAUGAAUUAAAUGAACAAGAGCGCAUACUUGAAAAACAAACUGAAGAACUUGAAGAACUCAAAGAACAAAUACAUGAAUAUGAAGAAAAGUUAGAGAAUCUACGAGAAGAGGAGGAAGCACUGGAACGAACAAAACAGGAACUUGAUGCGAAAAUUGCUGAAACUAAAAGGCAAAUUCAACAACUCGAGCAAGAAAUCAAAGAGGCAAAUGCUCGGAUACAACAACUACAAUAA